UUCUAUUAACAAACUCUUAUCUGCUCAGUUCUGUGACUAAAUUUAAACUGUUUACAAUACGAGACGUUAGUAUUAUUAGCAAGUACUGCCAGACAUCAUCAUUAGGGAAUUUUAAAUUUAUUUUUUAAAGUAUCACACAAUUUAUCGUAUCAGUUGGUAGAAAGUUAUUUUUUACAAAAUAUGGAAACAUAUUUCCACUGGUGUAUAUUGGUGCUCAGCUAUCUUGAUAACUUAUUCAACUCUUAAUUAGUGUUUUUUUUUAUUUUAAUAAUCAAUUUGUCUUUGUGUAAUACACGUAGAACCAUAGUUUCAAUACCAGUGUGCUGUGUUGUUAUAAAUCGUUGAACUAUUGCUUCGUAAAUAUGGAUCAGACAGCUCCAGUGCGACCAGGCAGUUAUAGACGGCCGACGUUCGAGCCAAUCAACCUCGCCGAUGCCGAUUUCGCCGCCUCCAACCCGGCACCGCGUGGUGCGUUGCAUGGCUGCUUGCCACCAGCUGACUCGGGCGGCGGCACAGGCGGCCUCCCGGCGGCGCCUGCUCUGAAACAGCGCCCGUCGCUGCAGGAAGAGGAGGAAACGGUGUCCCUCAGCGAAGAGAAGCCCGACCUCAUCGACUGUGACAAGGUGAAGCAGGCCGCAGCCGACCGCCGCCUCCCUGACGUCACCACCUCCAUCCUGCCCCACCAACUGCCCCCUGACCUGGUCGACAUCGACAACGGCAUUCACCAUUGCAACAACAUCAACUCAUCCCUCAAUAUCAACAAUUUCAACAAUAAAGUUAAUAGCAGCUUCGUAGUUGACAAACUAGUACCUGAUGAUUAUAAUAAUAGCGUAGUAGAAAUAGAUAUUAGUAGAAUUAGUAAUGAGGCUGCAAACUCAGGCAGAGAACUGAUCCAUCAAAAAGACACUGCAACCGCCAGUUAUUUUGCCAGUGCCGUGAGCCGAGAUGAUUCCAUCUGUAGUGACUUGCCUGUAGUAGAUCAGCAAAUUGGUGCUCUCAAAUUGGAUAAUAAUAAUGGUGAUGAUUAUAUUUCGGAUCCGUCUGGUGUAGAAAUAAGUCUUGUUGAAGAGAUUGAGCAAGUAGAAGAAGAACAAGAAGAAGAAAAGGAAAAGGAAAAAGAAGAAGUGAAAUUACAACCCAAUACUACUACUAGUAGUGCAUCCAAUACUAUUGAUUCUGAGGGAAACGAAGAGUUGGAAAAUCGAGAACAGAGUUUUGUCGAUAGCAUCUCAAUCGAAUGUUUGAGUGUUGGUGAAGUUAGUGUAAUUGCUGUGGAAAAUCAAUCGACCAACUUUCAUGAGAGUAAAAUAAUUGAACCAAUUGAAGAGAAACAACUUGUUGACAAGAGUGUGCCAGUCAUUGAUGAAAUUCAAUCAGUGGAAAUUCAAGUGAAAAAGGAUUGUUCACAGCCGGCUGGUGAGACUGAGUUAGAAGGUGUAAGUGGAUCGGGUAAGUGUGAAAACGAUAAACAUUCAGAACCACUUGUUGGGUUCAAACCGUUUAGUGAGCCAUAUGGAGACGAUGAAUUGGACAAAUAUCUUGAAGAGCUUGAGAUUUUAGAAAAGGAAGAGAAAGAGCAGACUUUGUCGGAGGAUACAAAAGCUGAAGAAACUUUGAAAGAAGAGUCUGUACAUGAGAUUACAUCCGAAGAAGCAUCGACUGGCUCUGGAUCUGAUAGUGACGAAACAGCUGAGCUUCAGGACAUAAUUGAUCAUCAUCAAAGUUUAGAAAAACCAAAGGAGCCUGCUUCUAGUGGUAUCUCCAGAUCUCUGAGCGAUUUCAUUGAGAAAGAUGUUGCUGAAGAUAUAAAAGAGGAAUCUACCAAAGAACUACAAGUUGAAAUCGAUAAGCAGAACGCUCUGUUGGAUUAUUACAACAGCAACGGACAACAAGUGAGUUCCCUGGCCGAAGUGUCUCAAUUUGCAUUCCCGGUUGCAAAUGUCGAGUGCAAAAGAGAUACUUCUACAUUGAAUUCGGUCAGUUGUGCAUCGGGCUCGGAAAGUUUCAAUAACAUAAAACCGUUGGAAUGCCAGGUAGCAGUGGGUCAUAAGCAAGAAUCUGGCACUGAGUUGUCUACUGCGGAGGCACCAGUAGGCUCUUGUGAAUCAUCAACAGAUAGCAGUAGUUUGGAGUGCGACAGCAUGGGAAACACGUCUGAAAAAUUGUCAGCAGCUGGGUCAGAGGCGGGGGGAGGCGACUCGCCAAUCGCAGCGGUCGGGGAGGAAGGCUGGUCGUCGAGCUCGGAGGAUGUGAAGACUGACGACGGUCCGGUCGCGGACACGGCCGACGACUCCGACAAGCCGUCACGACCCAACUUCCUCCAGCUGCCAGCCAGGAUCACCAUCGACAACAAUGUUGUCACAAGUCCCACGCCUUCAGCCACGCCAAGUAUCGAGGAAAGUGAGGAUGGCUUGAUAGACGCGUCCGGGCCAAGGCAAGUGUCCUCAGUGGUGGCGAAUCAAGAUGGCGUCAUCAGUGACGACCAGCUGGGCAGAGUGAAGCCUCUCUGGGUCCCCGACAUGGACGCUCCCAACUGCAUGCAGUGCCAACUCAAAUUCGGAAUCAUCAAGAGGAGGCAUCAUUGUCGUGCCUGUGGAAAGGUGUUGUGUUCGAAAUGUUGUUCAAUGAAAGCCAAACUGCUAUUCAUGGAAGGCGAAGAAGCAAGAGUAUGUCAGCGGUGCUACAAUAUUCUAGAAAGAGAUGGUCCCUGUGACGGCGCUAGAAGUCCACUCGGCCGUCAGCCGAACCCCAACAACCCAAUGGAGUACUGCUCCACCAUUCCUCCAUUGCAGCAGGUGGCCGGCUCUCUGCCACAAGCUCCUCCAUCUGUGCUUGUUCCUGUUGGUGUCCUCAAAAGAGAAGGACGGGCCAAGUCGGAUGUGACAAAGCAGGUGAUGUUUAGUGAUGGCAUCAGGCCAGGAGGAGACCUCACCGAGUUGGACGGCUCUACCGAGACCAAACUCCCCUUCCGGCGGCCCGGCCGCAUGAUGAAGAGAGUCGGCACUCCACCUGGAGGACAUUCAAGCAGAACGAUGCGUAGGCCGAUGGACCCAGUCACGAGCAGUUUCAUUCCAAGCGAAGGCGAAAAGAAUUUGCCGCCCACUGUCGUCAAAAGCCAUGGCGAAUUAAUCUACAGUGAAUUUGAGAAUACAGCUAUCACUUCCAACCAGCCACCGCUGAAGUUCGCUAUCAACCGCAACCUCUUUGUUCAUGUUAAAAGAGUCCUUUUGGCGUGUUGCGUAAAUAGAGACUGUUGGUGUAUAACUAGCGAAGGAUUGGCGUGUGUUGGCCAGGAUGAGAUAAUUCUAGUCUUGGAGUGCCUGCCUGAUGAGAUGAUUCCUCCAAAAGACGUUUUCCUACUCAUUAAUAGUCUGUACGAAGAUGCGUCCAAAGGAAAUACUGUGUCCGAGCUUUCAUUCUCGCCGGCGUUUUCAAACAACCUGUUGGGUUGGAAGGAUCACGGUGGCUUCCUCUACAUCAGGCCGACUCACCAAUGUACGGAUCAACUCAUCCUACCGAAUCCCCCUUAUCUGGUGGCCUUACUCAUUCACAGGUGGGAGACGCCGUGGGCGCGAUUGUUUCCGAUUCGACUGGAGCUGCGACUGGGAGCUGAGUUCCGCUACUACCCGUGUCCGCUGGUGUCAGUCAGGCAUCGGCCGUCGCUCUACACUGACAUCGGACACACCAUUAUCAGCCUGUUGGCGGAUUUCCGUCUAUAUAAUUACACGUUACCUGUUGUUAGAGGUCUAGUCGUACAUAUGGAAGAUAGACAAACUACUAUAUUGAUACCUCGCAACAGAUACGAUCAGGUCGUGAGGGCUCUGAAUAAUUCCAAUGAUAGUGUACUUCCGUUUGGUGCUAACUUCAGUCUGGCUGCAGACUCCCAUCUUGUCUGUAUGCAAUCCUUGGAGGAUGAAAAUACCUAUCACACGCAAGCAAUCAACAUUCAAAACAAGCCACGCAAAGUAACUGGUGCUAGUUUUGUGGUGUUCAACGGUGCACUGAAGACGAGUGGCAUGACGGGCAAGUCGAGCAUAGUGGAGGACGGGCUGAUGGUGCAGGUGGCGAGUGAGACGAUGACUGCCCUGCGCACUGCACUCAGGGACAUGCACGACUACACCAUCACCUGUGGCCCGCCGCACGCCGAGGAGACCGUGCUCUUGAAGUGGACUGCCGAUGACACCAACUUCAAUAUUGGUGUGAAAAGUAUGAUAGAUGGACGUCCUUUGGAUGGUGUGCCUUCAAUGAGAGUACAUAGUGGAAUUGAUUUCUCUGGUAAUCUGAGGAUUAUUAGGUGGACGGAGGUCUUUAUACUUCAGAGCGAGGAGCAGAGUGGAGUGGGCAGUGGAGGUGGAGGCGGUGGGAAGGCAGGUGCGGGGGCGGGUGACCCGGUGGACAUCAGCCGGCUGUCGGAGUCACUGGCUCAGGCCACCUGCCUGGCUCUGGUUCCCUUCCUCGACCUGCUAGCAGCCGCCGGUCUCACCGCAGUCGCUGUCAGGGCCAACAUACAUCCUGACAAUGUUGGGUACGAAGCGGGUAGCGGUGGGGAGCGGUUGCCGCCACUCUACAUGAAGACCCUGGACGAGGAGUUGGUGGCCGUGCUACACGAGGCUGCAGUGGCCGCCCACCAGUCGCCACCCGCCAUCUUGGAGCUCAUAUUCCGCGUCAUGCAGUCAUAGCCACCCACCAUCAACUUAUUCCACAAAUAAAUUCACAGCUAAACAAAUUAGGUCUGUUUUAUUAUUGAAAUUAUUUAUUUCCUAAAACAUAAUUAUUCUGAUCCCACUCUGCUUAUCCACCAAAUCAAAAAUCAAGUUAUUCUACAAAUAAAUUCACAGCUAAACAAGUUAGGUCUAGUUUGUCAUUAGUAUUAUUUAUUACAUUGAUAAUAAUUAUUCUGAACCCACUCUGCUUAUCCAUCACCAAAUCAAAAGUCAAAUAAUUCAAACAGCAAAUUCUUCACAGCUAAUGAAUUUAGGCCUGGCUAUCAUCAAAAUUAUCUAUAACAACGAGUAAUAAUUAUUUAGUAAUAAUUAUUCUGAUCCUUGACAGCUUGUCCAAGAAAUUAAAAAUCAAACUGUCUAAAUUAGUUGAACAAUCAAUCAAAAUAGCUGCGGUUAUUGAUUUCAACCUAAUCAAAUUAGAUAUGGUUAUUAUUAUUUAUUAGGUUUUGAUUAUUAUUUAUUAUACGUAUUGAGAGUAAUGAUUUGUACUCACAGAUCUUAAUCACCAGAUUCAAAGUCAACUCAAUCUACAAUACAACUUUAUCAAAUUAAUCUUGUUUUGUUCAACAAAAAUUUGUUCAGUUUUGUUAUUAGUUGUCUUAUUGAUUUAAUUUGACAUAGUAUUUACAGUAGGCUCUAUAAUUUGGUACUGAAGAUUUGUUCGUACAAUAAGAUUACGGAAAACAUCGGUUUAAUGGAUGUUGGUUUUUAAAAUACAGUAGUCAUCAACCAGCAUUAAAAUACACUACCGUACUGGGCAUUUUGUACUGUAAUGAAUAUUAUUACGGUACAUCAAUUUACACUACAGUAAUGUAUUAUUGGUUUGGUAUAAACUGCAUAGGCCUAGGUCAACGUUAGUAGACAGACUGUCUACUAACUUUGGGUCUAGGUAACAUAUUUAUCAAUCCUUCUGCAGUCUCAAGAUCGAAAUGAUUCAAGCUGGUUAUUAGCUAGAAUGCCUGACUGUUGAACGGCUGGAUUAAUGUGACUGUAAUGUCUUAGGUAAUAAUAUACUCUUCAUUGUUUCAUUUUAUUAAAAAUCUCACCCCAAAUUAUGUAUACAAAUUUUUGGCUGAUCUUGUUUAUGUCUUAUUACAUAAUAAUAUUUAUGUAAAAAUAUCUAUUCAGUACUCUGAUUGCAAUAUAUUUAAUUUUUUAAUUCAGUUGAGAAACCUAACAUCUCUCAAACAUUACAGAAUAUUUAAUUUUAUUUAUUAUUUUUAACUAAUUCACUUUGAGUUUUUGCGAGUUUUGUGAUGAAUAAUUAAUCUAGUGAUCAUUUGGUAUUGGUAAAAUCAUCCAUAAUUAUAAAACAUUGGAAAUUAUGACAUAAUAAUAAUUCAUAAUCCACAUUAUUUUAGAGUUGAAGUAGAAUUAUUUAAUUUUAGUUGGUCUUAGCUGGAACGAAAGUCUGAUUAUGUAUUGAUUUGGAAUUUAAUUAGUCAUUUUAUUGUUAAGUUUUCAUCAGAUUGUGUUUGAGUGGAAACAAGCACUGGAGUGGAAGGGUAAAAAAAUUAUCACUAUUUAGACUUGAUUACAAUUAUUUAUUGAUUUCGUUUAAAGGAAAUCAAGUUCUUAUUUGUAAAUAAGAAAUUGUUGAUAAACAGAUAAAUCUAAAAGAUUAAUAUUAUUAUUAGAAUUAUUGAAGGAACUGUAGAAUUUAAAAUGGUAGACUAUUUUUAUAGACUCUUGUCAACAUGAAUCAGUCUCUAUGAUAAAAAUGUAAUCAACUUAAUAGAAUUACUUUGAAUAUGUGUGAUACAAAACCUUUGUUAGCAUUGACACAUGACCGACUCGGCUUUAAUUAACGUUCUGGCUGCAGUAUUUGUGAGAUAAUCCAACAACCCAAUUUACCACAACUUGAAUGAUAUUCCUUGUGAUAUGAACUGCGGUUUAAAGAAAAAUCACUCAAAACAUGCAAGCUUAGAUUUGCAUUUUUGCGACUAGUUACUUAAUCGUAACACAAUAUUUCAUAAUAAAAAUUAAAAUAGUAAUGCAUCAUAAAUAAACUAGGAAAUAUAGAAAAUCUAGUUAUUCCGGUACAAUUUUUCUUCAUACCUUCAUUUCAGAAACAAUAACUUGAACUAUUUAAUUAGCUAUUAGAUUUAUAAUAAACAAUGGACUAAUUUUUUCUUCUAGUAAAGCACCCCUGUGAAUAUUAUAAUAAUAACAUGUUACUGUAAUAUUGUUUUAUUAUUAAUAUGAUUGUAUCAUCUAUGAUAUAGAUUUAUGAAAAAUUAUUUUAUUAUCUUGAAAAAUAUAUUAUAAUAUAGUAUGUAUAUUAUGUGAUUCAAUUCGUUAAUGUUAGUAAUUCAGUAUUUUAAAAAUAUUGUUAUUGUUUUUGUAAAUUUUAUUUUAAUCUUUAUUAUCUGAUAUUAUUUUUUGUUGAGUCAAUUAUUGUUUCUAUUCUAAACUAAAAUAAUGAUAGGGAACUAGAGUAAUGGAAAUUGAGCGUAUUUAGCACUGUGAGUGGCAAUUUAAAAGCGUUUGGUGAGUUGAGUGUCUGAUCACGUUUUAGUAAACAAAGCAACAUUUUAUUAAAACCGGGUUUAGUAAUAUAAUUUCAAAAAUAUCAAUAGUAAUAAGUCGAAUCUAAAGCAUUUACCAGCAUAUUAUUAUCUUCUCGUAAAUUUUUUGGUUAGAUUUGUCUGUUAUUUGACUCAUCAUCCUGCCUGCCCUGGGUCACAAUCAUACGGUUCAAAGGUAUUUUACACCAGAAGCGCUAAUAAAAUACUCCUUAACUUUAGUCCCCAUAACCAAAACGACUGUAUUACUCAGUCUAUCUCACAAACUUGUCAAUAAUACAAUUAUUAUUGUAGAGGCAUUACCACUUUUCUCCUCUAUUUAAUAAAAAUUUAGAGAAUUUCGGUUCAACCUAUUAAUAUUAGCACUGUUUAUCAUUUAUUGCAAAAUAGAUAUCUCUCAACAAAUUUUAGCGAAAGAAUCAACACGGAAAUAAGUAUUUUGGGUUUAAUUCAGUAAUACUGAAAAAUGAAAGUCAAGGUUUCUAGACAUAUCAAAAAGAAUUGAAUUAACCUUGGGCAGAGUCUUCGUUCCUGCUUCAUUCAUCCUAUAGUUCUGUUUUAUCAUUUCUUAUUAGUAUAAUAUAUUUGUUGAAAAUCCUGAUGAACACUCUCAAACAGUAGCUUGUCAGAUUUCUAAAUUCAACAUUUGAAUUUACGUUGGGAACGCACAUUAACUUAUCUAAAGAAAACUCUGCCCUUCAUCUUCUAAGUAGUUUGAACUAUUGACAUAGAUUAUUUAAUACUUGAAAACUACAGUUAUCUAAAGUUAUUCUUAAUUAUUUUUCAUUGUUGCUCAACUAUAUAUUCAAUUAAUUUCUUGUCAUUUCAUCAAUAGAUUAUCAUUUAUCAUAAUAUUUGUAUUCCAUUUAUUGUACGAUGUAAAAAUGUAGAUAUUGGUAUAGUUGUUGGGAGAUAUUAUUCUUGACUAGGGUAGAAUUUGAGCGUUUCUAUUUUUUUGUACAAUUUAAAGUAUGGUAAAGAGCUAAGUAGAGAAACACGUGUAAUGAGUGCUGCCUAAUCUGUAGUGUUUACAACAUUAUUAAUCUCCCUACUUAUUAAUCUGUACCAUAUUGAUUUCUUAUUUGUAUGUAAAGAGUGGAUUUAGUGAAAAGUAUGUUUCAAAUUCAGUGUUGAUGUAUUGUGAUGAGCAGAUGAAUUUGAAACCGAAUUGAGUAAUAAACUUAUUUUCGAACUA